CGGAGGAAAGGCCGCUCUGCACUGUACAGAUGGCAAGCAAGGCCUACCCGUCCAGAGAUAUCUAUGAGCAAUGUCCCAUUGGAGCAGACCAGUUUCGCGUCCUCCGCCUGGAUACGCCGUGGGAUGGGGUCGUCUCGGAUGAACCUAUGCAGGCGACUUUGGAAGUCGCUUCUUUCAAGGACCCGCCGUGCUAUUCGACGCUUUCAUAUGCUUGGGGAAAUCAAGCUGAAAAUGCCACCAUCAUGAUUGCCGGCAAGGCCUUUGAGGCCUCCGCGACCGUGGACGACGCCCUUCGCAAGGUUCGGCGUCUUACUCGAAAUGACGGCAAAACGGGGGACGGAAGGCCUCGUAUCUGGAUUGACCAAAUCUGCAUCAACCAAUCCGACAUUUCCGAGCGAAAUUGUCAGGUAUCGCGCAUGCAAGAUAUAUACAAAAGCGGCCGUGAGUGUUUCGUGUACUUGGGCAAAGGCAGCGAAGGGGAGGACGAUGUCCAUCUCCUCAAGGAGUGGGUGCGGUCGUGCAGAGCCAAAACGACUCCCAUCACGCUCUUCUUCGAAGUCGUCAGGAGUGGCGGCCAUUCCGAAAUCCUGCCCGGGGAGCGUAACCCCUGGCGCUCGUGCUUGAACUAUAUCAUGCAGCAGCUCUACUUUACCAGACUGUGGGUCCUGCAAGAGAUACACUUUAGCCGGAAGGUGACCUGUCUGAUUGGCAAAGACACUCUGGACUGGAAGACCGUUGCCGCAUUGGCACUGGAAAUCCCUCAGAACAAGCUCAUGGCAUCCAACGCGGCUUCCAAGGCACUGCACACCAAUCCAGACAACGUACCUGAUCUGAGCCCCUGGAGAAGUGCCUCCCAAGGGCCAAGUGAGUCUUCGAUCAGGAAGGCCCAAGCCUUGGACAGGUUCUCGAACUUUGUCAGCCUGCUCGACGACCUGGGGAAGCCGGAGAUGUCGUCCUUGCUCGAUCUCCUCAAUCGAUCGCGCUCGCUGAACACCACCGAUCCGAGGGACAAGAUUUUCGCCCUACUCAAUCUUGCCGGAGAUCGGUACCUCUAUCCUGCUCCCGAUUACUCUGCCAGCGUGGACGGCGUCUAUAAUCGUUAUGCAUCAUCCUUUGCCGAAGAAGGCCAUGGCAACCGAAUGUUACCAUAUGCGGGCGUCCAGAUUUCUCCCUCGCCUUGGCCGAGCUGGGUGCCGAGAUGGAUUGAUCGAGCUCACGAGUUCACCUUCGAGUGUCGGACGGAGUUUCGAGCGGGCGGCAAAUCCUUGAAGUCCUCUCAGAGCUCGGUCUCCGGCACGUUGAGGGUCAAAGCCUUCCACCUCGACACCCUGGCUGCAGUCUCAGGCCCCAAGCCGUGCACCGGCAGUCUGGUUCGUGACCUUGCCGAUUUUGUCAUCGCAGCCGAGUCGGUCGUCCCUGAGAGGUGGCGGCGCGCGACCAAAGACCCUCGGAGACGCCUUGUGAGCCUUCUAUUGUGCGACCCAUUGGACCAUGGGCCACGGGAUUUCAAAAUUGAGGAGUUCGAAGACGAGGCCAUGCUGAGCAUCAACUACAGCCCCACCUUUCAGUCCUUGCUAGCCAACAACAGCUUCGUCCAGUCGAGUCUCAGCCACGCGGCCGCCAACGGAUGGAGCCUGAAGUCCCAGGCGAAGCAACUCCUGCCUGUCGUCGCCGAGAAUCUGGUGGGCGCAGAACGCUGGUCGCGAAUGCAGGCAAGUGUGCUCGGUGUCUCACCGUUUGAGGAAUAUGUACGCGAAAAGCUGCACCUGUAUUUCAACCAUCGAGGCUGGUCCUUCAUCGACUUUCUGAAGCAAUCUCCCCUUCAGAUCUUCGCCACGCAAAGAGGGCGGAUGGGGUUCGCCUCCAGUGCGUGUCGCCAGGGUGAUCGCGUUGUGAUUCUCAAGGGUGCGCGGGCGCCGUUCAUAUUUCGCAAGUGUGGCAGCAACGAAUACCAAAAUCUGGGUGAGGCUUAUGUGCAAGGAGUCAUGAAGGGAGAGGUGUUUGAGGACUAUGAGGUUGCAUGGGGUGUCAAGUAUGUCGUUUAGAGCCAUAUACAUGGGGGGUGAUAUGUAGGGUUAAUAUCCCGACGUGCAGAAAGAGACGCG